UCGACGGGUAAUCGCAGUCGCGCCACUCAGCGCCGACAAGCGGACGGGCAAUCAACCGCUGCAACCGGCUGUCACCCCGCCAAGCUCUCGUCCACCAACGAGUGGUGUAAUACAAGCAGUCAGUCUAAGGAAUAUACUAUAUAUAUAUACUUAUACUGUAUAAUCUUACUAAAGCCGCGAUGGGCAGGUGGCGCGGAGAGCUUGUGAGUGGGUGUGUUUGAGUAAAAAAAAAUUAAAAAGGAAAACGCUCAAGACGUGCGAAGUAUGCAAAUAUUUACAGAACCUCAGACUAAUAAGUGUGAAUAAGCGAAAUCCUCGAGGCGUUUUGCCAAGCAAAAUGGAAAUGCCGAGAGAAAGAGAAAGGCAAAAGCAAAAGCAAAAAAAUAUAGAAAAAGAAAAGAAAUAAAAAAGGAAAUGAAGCGCAAUAAAUGAAUGAGUGAGUGAGCGCAUGAGAAACGACAAUGCUGCCAUGCGGAUGUAUAGACUUACACGAACUCGAGACGUCUAAGGGUCAGGAGUUUUUAUUUUUAUUUUCAUUUUCAUUUCUAUUUCCAUUUGUAUUUAAUUUCUCGCACAUUCCCUCACAUUGCCACAGCACGAAUGUUGCAAAAUGUUGAGUUAGCAAGUCGGCUGGGCGCCGCCUGUGAGGUGUGAGAAAUGAAUAAUGCGAACAUGCAAAAGGACCUUGCACAGGUGUCUGCAGGUAUGCGAGAGCUGAACUCAAAGGGUGAGGGGCACAAGCGAGGUAAUUGACAAUGUGCAUACAAUGUAUGGACGCUGUCGCAUGUAAACGAGUGCAAGGGGCAAAGGGUACUCAGUUGAGGCAGUGCUGGUCUGUAAGUUCAAGGCGACUUGGUGGUCAGUUUGCAAUAACAAGCGCACACAGCCUGCUGUGCAGCUAUCCUUUGUGCUGACCUAAGAAGUGUAGUCCGUUAUUGUGUGGCGUGUCCUGGGAGUCACCGAGCAUUGCAUUUGAUAUGCAAAGUAGUUAAAUGAAAAUGUGUUCGGUGGCGUCAAGAGUGUCGUGUUUACAUUCUUUACUUUCCUUUUAAUGCCUUUUCAUUUAUUGCCGCCUUCUCUUGUGGUUGUUGUGUUUGUUGUUGUGAUUGUCCUUCAUUCUAGUUGAUUUCGCUUUGUGUUGUUUACACAUGUUUUCAAUUUGCUUCAAAUGCAUGUUCGUUUCUUUGGUUUGCGUUUGACUUGAGCGCAGUGAGCUUUUAUAGCUUUUAAAUAGCAUAUCUUACAUCCAUCAGCAUAAUGCAGUUAAACACUUGAGUGAGACGUACAAACCAGUGUGGCGCAUACAUACAUACCUAUUUAUAACGUAAACAGUGGCGUCUGACGUUGUAAUGAGAAAUUGUGUGCGAAAAUUGUCAGCGUAAUUAAAUUGAAGAGCAUUUAAAGUGUGCGCCCUCCAAGAGUUGUGAGAAGAAAGUAAAUUUACAUACAUAUUUACACUUGUAAUUUAUAUACUUAAUUGGAGUGGAGUGAAGAGAGAUGGUGCACAACGGUGACAGGAAUAUAAAUAUUAUAAAACUACAAAAUAAUUAACUGAAGUGCAUAUUGCAUGCGGGAGCGAGGUUAACUCAACUUUAAAAUAAGGAGUAUCGAUUUUGCGGGAAAAAUGUAAUCAAUAGAGAUCAAUUCAAGAAGGCUAGACUUAAAGCUCUACUAGAAACUCUUUCAUUCUAAAUUAAACCUCUAUAAUUCUGAAACCAUCAGUAUUUAUCACCAUAAACGUUUGAGGCAAUGUCGAAAAGUGCUCCCGCUUACAUUGGACCCACCACUCCGGCCCACUGGCAUGACAGUACGAAAGCCAGGAAUUGCAUAUAAAACCUCGGCGCACAGAACUCAAUACUUCGCACGCCCUUUUUACACCUGUCAACUAGUAUUUGAAGAGCUCCUACGACACGACACAUAUUUUUCACUUCUAUGCAGCUGGCCGUUCUUUCGUCACUGUGCAGAAACCUUAAUGUGGCAUAAUUUCAAAGCAAGAUACUUACAAAACCCCAAACGGAAAUGCCAUGGCCCGCCACAGACAAACCACACAACAAAGCACUCGGAUGCACAACUACAACAUCGGCAGCAGUCGUACGUCGGCUGUGCGUCGGCAUAGGUGCGAACAAAGACAUUGCAGUAUUUGCUUUGAAAGCAGUACCGCAUGCCAGAUAACGUUGGCUACUAAAGUGCGCCGAAAAUCACGGCAUCCAGGAACUAGGACGAAGUUUUCGAGGAGUUUUCAUCUUUUGGUACCCGCUUUGCAAUUGUCAUUACAUAAUCUACUCACUAUCCCGCUUGCGCAACUACUUUGGCUGCUUUGUUGUCUGAGUUUAGCCCAUCCCACAUUGGCCGACUGUCCCAGCAUGUGCGAGUGCAAGUGGAAAAGCGGCAAAGAGUCAGUUUUGUGCCUUAAUGCGAAUCUCACACAUAUCCCGGUGCCAUUGGAUGCCGGCACGCAGGUUCUCGACUUGACUGGCAAUGAUAUCGCCAUCAUACCGCACGACACCUUUGCGGCAGUUAAUUUGCUCAAUCUACAGAAGGUCUAUUUGGCUAAAUGUCGAUUGCGUGUGAUCGAACGUUUUGCCUUUCGCAAGCUCAUCAAUCUGGUCGAACUGGAUCUGAGCUAUAAUCUGCUGAGCAGCAUACCUACCGACACCUUCGAAUUCAUACCCGAGCUGCGUGAAAUCAAACUCAACGGCAAUCCGAUUUCGCGUGUACAAGAUGAUGCUUUCGGCUUUGUGCCGCAGCUGGUGCGCCUAGAAAUGUCCGACUGUAAGUUGACCACAGUCGAGGUGCGUGCCUUUGCCGGCCUUGAGUCGACGUUGGAAUGGCUCAAAUUGGAUGGCAACAAAUUGAGUGAGGUACGGUCGGGCACCAUAACAUCGCUCACGAAUUUGCACGGCAUUGAAUUGGCACGCAAUCAGUGGAAUUGUUCCUGCGCCUUACGACCGCUGCGUGCAUGGAUGCUGCGCGAGAAUAUACCAUAUGGCAUACCACCGCUGUGUCGGGCACCCCCACGUCUGGCUGGCAAAACGUGGGACAAAAUCGACCUGGAUGACUUUGCUUGCGUGCCACAGAUAAUUGCCACCGACACCACAGCGCAUGGUGUGGAGGGACGCAAUGUGACGAUGAGCUGUUAUGUGGAGGGUGUGCCGGAACCAUCGGUGCGUUGGAUGGUCAAAAAUCGAGUGAUUGCGAAUCUAACAGCAACGGGCGACCCCACAGCCAGCCCGCGUACUGCGGCAGCAACGCAAGGACGCAAGACUUAUGUGGUAAACAUGUUACGUAACGCCUCCAAUCUGACCAUUCUUACAGCCGACAUGCAGGAUGCGGGCAUUUAUACCUGUGCAGCUGAGAACAAAGCUGGCAAAGUGGAGGCAUCCGUCACAUUGGCCGUUUCGCGGCGUCCACCUGAGGCGCCGCUGGGUGCAAAAAUAGUGCUGUUAUGCAUAUUUUCGGCUUUACUCUUUGUCGUGUGCUCCUCGUUUGCCGCAAUUUGCUUUUGUUCACUGCGUCGUAAACGUAAAAUGAGGUUGUGGAACUCAGUACCACCGGCGCGCACAGAGAGUUAUGAAAAAAUUGAGAUGACAUCACGUGUCUGCUCGACCAGCGGAAAUGGGCCGAACGGUGGCAGUGGCGGCGGUGCUGGCAUGGGCAAUCGAAAGCCCGACUUGGGUGGCGGUUCCACAGUCGGUUGUGUAGAUGUCUCUAACAACUUCUGCAAUACUAAUGGUGGUAGUGGUGGCGGCGGUUUGUUUCCUAACGACGACAGCGAUUACCUGCACACGGCUACGACCCCGCUUAAUUGUGGCUCAGAUGACGGCGGUGAUACUGGUGUGGCAAUUGUGAAUCCAAGUGGUGGGAGCGCCAAACGCAAUGGUGACUACCGCAAUAUACCAACACACUGUGACGAUGAUGAGGACUGUUUGGAUGCCAACUACCAGUCGGUGGUAAAAACAACCUAUGCGGGUGGCAAACACGCAAAUCAGACAUCAGCAGCGGUGCGCUGGCGUACGGGCAUCGCUGGUGGUGGUAGUGGUGGUGUUGCGGUGGGGAUCCGCGAUAGCCCGCAGGAUAUCAAAAGAAAUGUUAACGCAGGGAGCGGCAGUGGCGAAUGUGAUGGCGAUGUGGGACCACAAAAAACGGAUUUACACAUACCAAGGCUGAUCGAAUUAGGCGGUUCCGACUCUGCCUCCAGUUCGAUUUCGAGUCAAGUGGACGCCGCUGCUCGCUUGGGUGGCUACAAUCCCAUGCCCACCUGGACAACCACACCGAUUGCCACAACGAAGAUAACCUCACCACAUAGCAAACGAACGGCCGGACAAACAGUUGGACCCAACAACAAUGCUUACUACAACAACGAUGAUGUUAGCACAUCGGUAUUCUGCAGCGGUGACAGUGUCGAGAAUGAUCUUUUCGACAGCAACUACCCCGAUUUGUUGGACAUCGCCAAGUACGCAGUGGCGCAGGCGACAAACUCGAACAAUAACAACGCGCAUUAUGGCUUAAAUGGCGGAGCGGGCAGCUCCACAAAUGCGGCGCUUUGUACGCUACCGCGAAAAUUGAAGAAUACCGGCAAAUACUUUAAAAGCUCAUCGGAUAGUCAAUCACCGCUGCUGGCGGACAACUCAAGCAAAUAUGGCAGCAGCACUCUGGGUGAUGCCAGCUUCCUAAAUGAGUUGACGAUGGGCCGACGCUUCUCGGCCGAGUCGACAUACUCAAAUUAUGUUGGCACAUCCACCUACACCAGCGGGCAGCGUUCGAAUAGUUUCCUCAAUUUGGUACAAAGCACCAAUAAAGGAAAUCUGAAUCUUAGUGGCAGCGCUGCAAUGGGUGCAACGGCUAUGGGUGUGAAUAGCGCGCGACGCAACCCUAGUCUACCUUCCUCACCGAUACACGAUGCACAUCAACAUCAGCGUUCCUUCAGUUCAGCAGCAACGCCACUGCUUGACUUUUCCACGCUAACCGCUCGCACUGGCGUAGCCACAACACCAGCAGCGAACCUUGCGGCCGUCUCUACAACAUUGCCGCCGACAACGAACACUUCAACGGUGGCCGCUUACGACUACCAUGCCGCGCAGCUGGAACGCUUCCUCGAGGAAUAUCGCAAUCUACAAGAUCAAUUGUGCAAGAUGAAGGAAACCUGCGAGACGAUACGCAAGAAAGAGGUGCCGAUGCGCGGUGCCGUCGGACAUUCGGCGCAACUGGCCGAUCCGGUGAUGUACAAUGCGGCGCUUGCGGCCAACAAUUCGCCCGCCACGAACCCAAAAACCACUACGCUGAAGAGUAAAACUCUGCUACCGGGACAGCCACCCGAUCCGCCCCCUUAUUGGCUGCAUCGCAAUGCAAUGCUAAAGCGUCUGAAUGAGUCGCAGGCGGAUAUAUUCAAGAGCUAAUGAGACUGAGGCUGUAUCAAGCAAGAGCAGCCAAUCGGGCGGAUGUAGGCGUGGUCGUGUGGUCGUGUGGUGCUAGUAAACUCACGUAGUAACUGCUACUUAAUCGAGCGAAACCGUAAAAUGGUUAGUUUAGUUUAAACAGUUAAAAAGUAUCCAGUCAAUUUAGGCCCAUAGUCAAAACCUAUGCAUACAUACAAACAAAAUGUAUAUUCGAAAUUUAAUAUUUUUUUAAAGCAAACCUCUACUUUAAACAGUUAGUGUGCGCCGUUACACAGCAUACAUACAAACAUAUGUA